CAUGUUGCCCGCUAGGUGCAGCCAUGUGUCCCUGCCUCAAACGCUGAAGACUUCUCGCAAACAAAAACUAACGUGACGCGUAAUGAAGGCAAAGUAAAUCCCGCAGAGAGAGUGGAGACGCAGAACCAGCCUGGCGUGGCGUGGCGUGGCGUGUGUAUGUGUGGGGGGUUUGUUUCCCUCCGCGCGCCGCUUUCCACGGGUUUCUGUGGGGGGAAAGGACCCGGGUCUGCUACGAUGUGUGCCCCCCGCUUCACGAAGCCUCUGCGUGGAAGUGAACCUUUCACCGGAUGAUGGACAGCAACUACCCGAGCUCCAGCUUCGCGGACGCGCUGGCUGCACCACCACAGGCCGCGGCUUCUUGGGCCUACGGCCGCGGCUCCGCGGCUAUCAAGCCAAGUCCCAGUGAUGUUGCACCAAGCCUCGAUGGAGAGCUCCUCCAGCAUCAAAGCUACACUACGACCCAGCAGCUCCCCACCUACACUACAGCACACAUCCCAGCUGCUGCACGCACACUUGAGUCUAGCAGUAAUAACCCCGUGACCUCAAUCAUGAGCUUCCUGUCUGCCAUGGAGUCGAGAAGUCUUCAGGCUGGUCCUGUUAGUGCCUCGUUGCUUCCUCCUUUUAGUCCUCCAUCUUGGACUACUGGUGCCAACUCCUCCACCACCGAGCUAUAUCUGACCGGUGCCCUGCCUUCCACAGCCAGCUUCCCUUCUCCCGCUGCUCUGUCCUCCUUUCAGCACGCAGGUGCCUACCCAUCCAGGAGCUAUGCCGCCAACACGUCCCUAACUCUUCCGGAUCCCGCCUUCAGCACUUCCACCAACGGCCUGUUUUCUCACCACGACCCUUUGCUUCAUCUUAAACCCAGCCAAGCUGUGCUACCCACUGCCCUGGCCUUCAAUCACCUCUCUACGCCUUCUCUAGGCUCGGCUCUGCCCGUUCAGUCCUCCACUUACCGCUCAGCCCAGGAGUCGGCCCCCCACCUACUGCAGCCGCAGUUCGGCCUGCUUCCUGCUGCGCUGCCUACGCCUCAUGGUGCCACACAGUCCUACGGGGCUGCAGUCUUCUCUGGCUCUGUUGAAAGAGCUCUUCAGCGUGAAUGUAGUGUGAUCAAGCAUCACCAGAGGCCUUCAAGCAGCCAUAUGGCCUCGGAGCAUAUGCCCAACUCGGAGGACUCCUUGCAGGGGUAUUUUGGCUCUGGCGGUGAAACGGAUAUGUCUUACCAGCAGGAUCCGGCCCGUCACACGCCGGCGUCCUGCGGCGCCUCUUCGAGGACAGACUCGACACGAGGAGUCAGUGGGUCCCCGCAGCCUAAAAGCGAUUGUGGAACACAACCUUAUUCAUCGUCUUCUUUGCUGGAAAGUAAAGACCUUUCUUCUAGGAUGAACUCACACACUGCAGCGGAUGAAGAGAGUCACGGCCAGAACUUGAGAACAGGGUCUCCUGAGCAUUAUCCCUCCCCUACGCAGAAGCAGAACUCCGUCAUCGCUAAUCAGCAAGCGGUUCAGCUGUCCAGCCUUAUGUCGGACAGUUUGUCUGGAGGUUACAUGGCCCCACAAACGCAGUCUCAGACCUCUCAAUCCCCCACAGAGAAACUCUCCUCCCUUUACACUACCUUGCCGUCCCACUCGAGCCACUGCGAUAACGUGGCGGCCGUCAGCCAAGCCCUUAUUUAUACGUCAACUCCCGGGCUGAGCCAAGAGCAGAUCCAGUACGGGGCCCAGGUUCAGAGAUUCUGUCAAGAAAACCUCCCAGAGAGCUACACAAGCGCCCACUCCCAGGGCGCCCCGAAUCUGACGUUUACGUCUCAGCCGCAGGAGCAAGCUUCGGCGACGCACUCUCAAAGCUACGACGCGGGGCAGUCGCUCAACUCCGUGUUCCAAACCACGUGUAUGCAAAGUCUCCCGACGUCCAAUUCUCUGGUGGGUUAUAGCCACAUGCAGGACUCGGUGGGAGGUAAAGCACAUACCCCCGCUUCCCACCAGCAGACACAGCCUCACUGUGUUUUAUCCGUACCUCUGUCUACAUACUCCUCACCUGCUCCACCCUUACAGAAUAACAUAAGUUCCUCCUUACAGGAAACGGAGCCAGCGUACGCCAAACAAAAGCUUGAAGAGCUUCCACCCCAGGACGUCGGGGCUCUGCAGCAGGUGUCCAUGGUCUCUGUUGCCGCUAAUAGCCUGGCUUCUCACAACAACGUCAUCUAUGUGGUUUCAAAAAUGGAUGACCACAAACCACAGAGUGUUAUUCGAAGCAAUUCGCGCUCCGAGGAGCAGUUCCUGGGACUUUGCCAUGCAAACUCGGCACAGGCAAAGGAUGAGCGCGCAGGUGCCAUGACCCAGCAGCAGGUUUGUUUGAGCAGGACCAAUGGUCAUGAGGUUGGUAACUCUGAGGCUUCGGACACCUCCGUUUCCUCUCACGGACUCAUUAGUUCAGAGCAGCUUAACCAACAGCUCAGGUCUCCUGAGUCUCACCAACAAAACCAGCAAACUCACUCUCAGUCCCAGAGUCAGCUUCCAGCAGCCCACUCUCAGUUUAUGCCAGCCUCCGGCUCUCAGGGGCUUCUUGAGUCCAACCGGAUGAUUCUGGUCCAGCAGCCUCUCGUCCACCAAAGUCAGAACGCUUCAAAGCUGGUAUCGGUGCAGGGCGUCCAACCAGGCCAGUGUUUGGGCCCGGUUCAUGUCCAGUACCUCCAGAUGGAUCGGGACCUACUGUGCACCAAUGUCACCAACGGAAACCAGAGCCAGCAGACCGUAGUUGUGUCUGAACAGAGCUCAGAAUGCUCCUCUUCCUCUAAACACCAUUACAGCCAGACGGCACGUCAGCAGCCAAAUGACGGCAAGAACCAGUUUGACCUCAACUCCAUUUGCUUUCCAGACUCUAUGCUCUUGGAAGACGACAGGAACAUUUUGUCGAACGUCGACGACAUCUUGGCUGCCACCGUGGCAGCCUGCGGCGUCGCGCCUCAGGAUUUCGUCAAGGCCACGUCGUCCGCUGAGGCCGAAAUGACCGCAAUGGCAAGUCCCGUCGAUUCCAAAGGUCACCUCCUGACCGUGGACAUAAGCCAGAUGUCGCCCAGUUUUACCUCGCCGCAAUAUUCUGCCGUCACCAACACUAACUGCCACACUAUCAGCAUGACACUAAAUGGUGCUCGGAUGGCGGCGGACGGCCAGGAUCGGUCCGCUCGUCACAACUCUACCGUCAAUCUCGCCAUGAAUGGAGAUGGGAGGUGCUCUGAGAGUGGCUACCACUCAGCCAGACAGGUUUUCGACUCACCGGGUGUCCACAAUGGAGUCCACGAAAAAACUAAAUGUGCAGAGUCCCAAGAACGUCCAGGGAGAGAAGACUCUCCAAAAAAGAGAGCGCGCUCCAAGGAGGGCGAGGGACCGACCAAACCGGCCAAGGGCAGCGACCAAACCAAGCGUCAAAACUCAAGGGGCAGUGAUACCAGUUCACCGUCCGCCUCAAACAGCAGCCAGGACAGCUGUCCUCAGCACGAAAGAAUCAGGCAGAAGAUCCGCGAAGUGGAAGAGAAGCAGCCGGAGGUGAGGAACGGCUUCCUUGGCUCCUUCCUAGACUUUAUCAAAUCUGGCCCCAAGCAGCAAUACUCCCCGAGCAACUCGAGAAACAGCAGUCGUCCGAGGAAACCAUCCUCCUCCUGCAAACCGAGCACUUUGCAUCCUCUGCCACCCAAAGUGCCUGCUCUUUCUGGGCCGGUGCUUCCCCAGGAGAGUCCGGGUGCGAGCGCCCAGCAGAAACAUCUGGAAGAGGAUCUGCAGAAGAACUUGGAGACGUUGCCGUCUUUCAGCUCGGACGAAGAGGAGAGCAUUGGGAAGAAUCAAGCUCUGAGGAACAGCAUCAGCUCAGCUCUGUCGGCUCUGGACGAGACUUCGGAGCGGAAGACGGGUACAGAGAACCAAAUUCAGGUUUCAGUGAUGAAGGCAGUCCAGUUUCCCGGCAUUCCACUCACCAUCACACAGAUUUACCUGCCACCGGUUUCCACCUCUGCUCCGGUGGCCCCUGCUUCGGUGGCCACUGCUCCGGUGGCCCCUGCUCCGGUGGCCCCUGCGCCGACCACAGUCUCGGGAGGGAAGGAGUUUGGGACCAAAGAGAAGUUAAAAGAGACGCCGUCGGGCCAGUUGGCCGUGCAGCUUAUGAGCGUGGCGUUGGAGGGGCUGACCGACGAGGAGCCGUCAGACAGCGGGGGAGAGGGGAUGUAUCGAGAGAGGGAUGAGUUUGUCAUCAGGAAUGAGGAUACCGAAGCCUUCAAGGUCACCAUGACGGCGGGAGUUGAGCCUCCGGCUAUUUGGAAGGUCCAGAAAGCGCUGCUGCAGAAAUUCGUGCCUGAGCUGAAAGACGGGAAGAGGGUCUUCUCUGCCACAAACAGUUACCUCGGAUACUUUGGCGAUGCAAAGACGUUGUACAAGAGAGUGUACGUGAAGUUUCUGGAAACGGUCAACAAGAGGGAGUACGUGCGAGUUUGCAGUCGGAAGCCGCGCAGCAAGCCCAUGAGCUCACUGAAGGCCAUUCAGAUGAAAGCUCUGCUGGGUCUGACGGAUCCACCUUCGUCGGUUUCCCAGAACCAAAAGUCCCAGCCCAAACAAGCGAAGCCACGGGCAGAGCCGCCACCCAAGAAGAGGAAGAAAUGGAAAGAGGAGUUUUCGCCCACCUCGUCAGGAUCAUCAGCAGAAGAAGAGUCAAACCCUCGAUUCGCCUCAAGGCUCCUCAACACACGCACCACGAAGGAGACUUUCAAAAGCUUUGUCGAGCUCCUCAUUAGUGUCGCCUUGGACGAAAACGUGAUGACGGCCCUGGAGAGGGCGAAUGAUGAGUUGCUGCUGCCGCACAUGGACAAAGUGGACGGGAUGAUCACUAACGUCAGGAAACGGCUGCUUAACAAACUGCACAUGGAGCAGAUCUUAAAGACGGCUUUAGACAGCUUCCCGGAGAUCUCAGUGGUGACUGAGCUGAAGAAGGAUGGGGAAACCCCAGCCUUUAAGGUGCGUCUCAGUGGGAGGGCCUACAACAAGAAGACCAUGAAGCCGUACAAGAUGGCGAACAAAGUGCCUCAGGAGUAUGUAGUGGACCAGCAGAAAACUCAGUGGUUCUCUCUGUACCACUCCUUGCAGCAUUACAAAUACCACACGUACCUCAUGUGUAAGGACGAGAUCGCAUCGCUGCGGGCGCAGGCCGGCAACCUGGGGCAGGAGGAGAUCGUCCAAAAGUGCCUGCAGAACGGAGCCUGGCUAGAAGGGCUCUUUGAUCGCUUUGGAGAGCUAAUCAGUCAAGUGCAGCAGGUCUGCAGAUGAUUUAGCCUUGGCAGACUUGGUUUAGGGGAAGGGGUGGGGGGGGAUCCAAGGAGAAACAAUAACAAAGUUUGUUGCUGAAACUCAAGUGGAUGCAUGGGAGUCCGAGCGGCAGCAGAGGGACUGAGCGCAGAGCGGAGAUCCCUCCCUCCCUCCCUCCCUCCAGCCACAGACGUCAGGAGUAAACACAAAGCUGUAACUUGAUCACCAGAAGACUUUGUUUCACGGGGGAGGGUUUGUCGUAGGUUUUCAUAGUUUCAAAAGCCCACUUUUUACAGGCCGUUUUUAUCGGUUUAUAUUGGCUUUUCUACUAUUUUUUUUUUUUUUUUUGUCAGCUUAAUGCCGUAUGAUAACCCCUAACUGUGUUCUAGGUAGAAAACGAUCCGUAUAGGAAGUAGAGCGGAACAAAUAAAAGGCAGAAAUCUGAUUAUGUACCAUUUUUAACAAGCCUUCAAUCAUCUAAGUAGGCUUGCAUGCAGAGUUGAUAUAUUGUAAAAAAAAAAAAAUCUCUCUCUCUUUAUAUAUAUAUAUAAAUAUAAAUAUUGCUGUUGUUCAUGCUGUUGGAUAAACAUCCAUUCUUAAAUGGAGAGCCAACUUCUCUAUGUGUAAUGUACAUUUUGUAGAAAGAAAAGAAAGGGGGGGGAGACCUGCAGCCGUUCUCUUGAGGAACUGAGCGACUGCAAAAAAUGGGCGUUUAACGCAGCAGACGCCUUUUUUCCACGUCCAGAUGCGUUUUAAUGGAACCAGCACAGUCUGAUCUAACAGAAAUCAGUACCUUGAAUUAUUUUAGGGUGAAAUAAAAUACCGGAAGAGUUGUCUUUAUAUUGUUUUAUAUACAAAGCUCACGUUUUAUGACAAAUAUAUAUUUUUCACAGAAGUAAUUAUUGUCAUUCUUUGAAGAUGCUGUUUGUUUUCCUCCGUUGUCUUUUUACGGUUCUCCUUUGUGAGCCAGAAAUGUUGAUAUCACUAAUUCUCUUUGCCUACAGAUGCGGUUCGUAAAUAAAACGGCACAUAUAUUAAGAGUAUUGGUGUGUUUUGCACUAUACGAGCAAAUCUUUCUUCCUGAACUCAGAGAAAACUUUAGUUGUUACAAAGUUACGUCAUAGAGCAUUUUACAGCGUCUUUGGCGCCCGGUAAAGAUGUUGAAAUAGAUUAUUCUCUUAUUAAAGUAGCAUAUUUCCAUACUGAAUCUUUUUAGAAAAAAACUGCAUUUAAGAAUUUUUUUUCCCCCACCAAUUUCAUGUCCUAAUGAUAUAUUUGUACAAAACUUGUAACAACUCCUGUAAAAUAAAUGAAACUUAACCAUUUUGUAAUUUA